AUGUUUCCUCCACUCUCUCUCUCUCUCUCUCUCUCUCUCUCUCUCUCUCUCUCUCUCUCUCUCUCUCUCUCUCUCUCUCAACUUUUUGCUGUCGAUAACUGCGUGGAAGAUUGGAGAAUUGCAAUAUCAUGGCGCCGAGGAAUGCAGUUAUUAUUAGAGAUUGUUGUCUGUGCCAUCCAUCCUAUUCCAGGAGACUUCUAUUUCAUGUGGUCAACAUCGUUAAAUAAACAGAAAUCUGUACAAGUACCUGUGGACAUCAUUCUCUCAUUACCAAUGUUUCUCCGGCUUUAUCUGAUUUGCCGGGUGAUGCUUUUACACAGUAGACUCUUUACAGAUGCCUCUUCUCGGAGUAUAGGUGCCCUAAAUCGGAUCAACUUUGACACACGCUUUGUCAUGAAGACACUCAUGACAAUCUGUCCAGGAACUGUUUUGCUUGUCUUCAUGUUGUCAUUAUGGAUAAUUGCCAGUUGGACAUUACGUGCAUGCGAAAGCUACCAUGACACAAAACAUGCAAAUAUUCUCAAUUCCUUGUGGAUGAUUUCUAUUACAUUCCUUUCUAUUGGUUAUGGAGACAUUGUACCAAACACAUAUUGUGGAAGAGGAAUAGCCAUUUUAACAGGAGUCAUGGGGGCCGGCUGCACUGCGCUGGUUGUUGCUGUCAUAGCACGAAAAUUAGAAUUAAGUAGGGCAGAAAAGCAUGUACACAACUUCAUGAUGGACACACAACUCACAAAACGGCUUAAAAACGCAGCAGCUAAUGUAUUAAGAGAGACAUGGCUUAUCUAUAAGUAUACAAAACUUGUCAAAAAGGUGAAUGCCAGCAGAGUACGAAGCCAUCAAAGAAAAUUCUUACAAGCCAUCCACAGCUUACGAAGAGUAAAAAUGGACCAGAGGAAAUUAAAUGAAAAUCAAAACACAUUGGUGGAUAUGGCAAAGACACAAGUCCAAAUUCAGGAAUUAGUGUCUGAUAUGCAUAGCAACCAAAGCUCACUAGAGAAGAGGGUUACAAAAUUAGAAGAGAAACUCACCUCCCUCCAGGACCAAAUUGAGGUGUUACCAUCCCUGAUUGUAUCAAAAUUAGCAAAUCCGCAGUCAGAAACUCACGUUCAGUUCUCGCAUCCAGAUUACAUGAGUUGUCGCAAAUAUUCCCCACCUCGGCGCAAAAAAUUGUUGUCACCUCAAAAAAAUAGUGGUCAUACGCAGAUAUGA